AUCAUAUAUCUCCUGACUGGCUUUGUAUCAAAAAUAUCCCCAGAAUGGCUUUGCACUUUUUCAUCACAUAAAACUUCAUGAAGCAAUUUGUAUCAAAUAUCAUUUCAUUUUCAUAUAAUAUUGAACUCAACCUUUCCAAGUGAUAAUCAUGCUGAUUUUGUAGCUUCAGGCAUAUAACAGAGGUACAAAGUUAAUCAAUGGAAAAACGAACAAAUUACCAGAGUAUCAUUAUUUAUUGAAAUUUUUUUUUUUUACCAUCUUUGCAACCAGGAAUUAUAACAUACAAAACUGUUCUACCACCCAGAAAUAGGUUAAUAAUGUUGCACAUGACCAAGCUUUCACAUUAUUAAUUUAAAAUUCCUAUGACUGAUUAUCAAAUUUUGCAAAACGAGCAAUAUUAUUAAAAAAUUUUAAGAAAUCAACAAUGUACAUUGAAAACAGUCAAUAGGUAAUUGAUUAAAGUUUGAUAAAUAAAAUUUUCAAAACCCAUUUAUUACAAAGUAAACGGCUGAUAAUAAAUAGUGGAACAAAAUAUACAGUUUCAUUUUUAGCAGUAAUUCUAAUAAACGUGAACCAUUCCAUAAAGAAAAGUCCAGAACAAUAUGUAAGUGAUCAGUCCACCAAAAAAUCCGCUGGUUAGCAGCUGCGUACGACUUCUGAAAUACUUUUCCCAGUCAAUGCCAGCUUUCGCCAAUAAAAAUAACCAAAGCAUAAUAGCAGUUAUGAAGUAAAAUGCGAAUCCAAAUAAGCCCGUAAGACCUAAAAUACCAGCAGUGCUUCCGGAUAAAGCAGCCAUAGAUGUACGACAAUAUUCCAGAAGAACUAAAUUGUGACGAACAGCUGCCUCACUAUAAGCAACGAUUUCGCCCUUUUCUUUCCGAUAUCUCAUUCUAUUCACUUUUCCAGACAUUAUUUUUGUAACAAUCACAAUCUAAAUCCUAUUUCAAUGUGUACGAUUUUUCCAUGAAAAUAAAUGAGAGAUAGAAUCAUAUGUCAUUAAAAAUUGUUUUGCUUAUAGCUCUCUUAGAUACUUGCCAGUUGUGAGUGAAAGUGUUGCCAGAUGUGAGAUAAAAGAUUUCGAUUAUGAACUGAAAAUAACUACAACUUCUACCAUAUGUAAAGGUUUUUGCUUUACCUACGCCACCAAUUGAAGCAUUAUUAUGACUUCUCUGAAAAAUGGAUCAACUAUUUCAGCAGAAACAAAUCAGCGUAAAGUUCCUUACAAAAGAAUCAAGCGAGCCGUAGAGCAAAUUGUUACUGUAGCUCUUCCUCUGCACUUACAGCUUCUCAGAGAAAAAAGUGAAAACAUCGAACUUUUGAAAAGUAAAAAGUCUCUUUCUGGCCUCCGAGCCGAGCAAAUCGAGGCAGUGAGGUCUUUGAAACUUUUGAAAGCCGAUUUGUACGAAUUAGAGGAACUGUAUACCAAAGUCGAAGAUAAAGAUCAGGAUUUUUUUUAUGAUGCCAUCAAAGACUCCAUAAAAGAAGCUGUUGAGGCCAUUGCACAGUUCGCAGAAUUGCACCCUGAUGCUGAUGAACCAAUACCAGAUAUAAACACAGAUAACAAACCUGAAUUUCCUAAAUUGGUCUGCCACCUAGACCAAGAGUGUGAAGCACCACCUGAGGAUAAUCAGUCACAGCCUGUAACUGCUUACCUCACUUCAUCUGUAGAGGAAUUUCAUGCAUCUAAGUCUGCGUUCCCGGAUUGGUCUUUCUUGAGGAAGGAGCUUCUAGAAGUGCACUGUCUCAUCACUAAAUUUGCAUCAUUUGUAUUCACCCAAAAAGAAAAAGUCAACACCAUACAGAGUAACGUUGAAGAGGCUCAUGAGAAUGUUCAAGAAGGUGUUCAUUAUUUGAAGAAGGCUUCUCUUCUAAAAGCUGCCACUUUUCCAUUAGUUGGAGCCAUAGCGGGUGGCAUAUUGCUUGGCCCAGUGGGAAUGGCUGUUGGUUUUAAGCUUGUUGGAACUGCGGCGUGCGUUGCCAGUGGUGGUGCCCUCGGAUACAGAGCCGGUGUGACUUUAAAGAAGAAGCAUGAGAUUUCCUCCGAUAUUGAAAUGAAAGCACUUACUUAUCCAUCCAAAGAAAAAUCCUCAUCUAGUCCUGAGCUUUCAACGAUGAAUUAUGAACAAUGAGUUCAAAAUCGUAAUAUUUAUUUAAUUUUUUUUUAUUUAUUUUCGGAAUGUUACUAAUAUGUGCCUUUUAAUGUUUGUUUAGCUUCUUAUCAACUAUGAACUGCGAGAAAAUUCAAAAACUCUGAUCGUAUGUUAUAUUUAUAUUAAUUAACUAUAUUCUUGAAAAUAGUACACUGAUGCACAAAAACUUGCCAUUAUUAUACAGAGUCAAUGACAUUUUUAUCUGCCACCCCUUUUGAACCUGAAUAAAAACAUUUGUAUUAAAAAUUGUUAGUUGAUCUUGAUAUUUGAUAAACUGUUUUGAACUGUGAGUAAAUAUGAAACUGAACUUGG